GGCAAGAGCCGCCAUUUUGACUGAGCAACCCUAGUGACAGGAGCCGAAGAAGCAGCUCAGGUUGUCCCGUUUCCCCUCCCCCUUCCCUUCUCCGGGUGACUUCCUGGGUCCCCUACACUCCACAGUCCCGGUCCCGCCAUGUCCCAGAAACAAGAGGAGGAGAACCCUGCGGAGGAGACUGGCGAGGAGAAGCAGGACACACAGGAGAAAGAAGGUAUGCUCCCUGAGAGAGCCGAGGAGGCAAAGCUAAAGGCCAAAUAUCCAAGCCUAGGACAAAAGCCUGGAGGCUCCGACUUCCUCAUGAAGAGACUCCAGAAAGGGCAAAAGUACUUUGACUCAGGAGACUACAACAUGGCCAAAGCCAAGAUGAAGAAUAAGCAGCUGCCAAGUGCAGGACCAGACAAGAACCUGGUGACUGGUGACCACAUCCCCACCCCACAGGAUCUGCCCCAGAGAAAGUCCUCACUCGUCACCAGCAAGCUUGCGGGUGGCCAAGUUGAAUGAUGCUGCCCGGGGCUCCGCCAGAUCCUGAGACGCUGCCCCCCUGGGUCCUGUGCUGGCUCCUGCCCCUCCCUGCUUUGGCAGCCGGGGGUCAGGAGGUGGCUCGGGCGCGGGCCGGAGAGGCAGAAGCCCCUGCCCGUCGGUGUCCCAGCGCAUGGAGCCCCUUGGGCUGAGCACCAAGACCUUGAACCUUUUUUGUUUUCCCUUUUUUUCCAAAUAAUUGUUGGGAGACAUCUCAGUGAAAUCCUGGGGGUGGG